GUUAUUGUAGAUUGCUUACAGAUUUCUUUCUCUCCAUACCGAAAUCGGGCGUAUCGAUUCUUCGCGAAUAACUUUGUUUAGCUUACUUCAGUCUAAGUAGUUUUUUUCUGCAAUCGGUAGGAAACCUGUUCGUACGAGGAACGGAAUGUCUGAGUGGCUGCCGUCCUCUCAUCUCCGUGCAAUUCCACGCGUAGUAGAACGAGUCGACCAGGUGAGAUCGUUCAUUCUGCAAGAGACAUUUUUGUUUCAGUCCCUUCCUCCUUCUCUGAAGGCGACUCGCCGUGGCAGGGCCUGUGAAAUCGAAGAUGGAAAAUGGCCAGGCCAGGAAGGGAAAGUAACGGUACAAGGGAGGGCAUAGUUAGCACUGAAAAUGAAAAAAAGAUAAUAAAUCCUUGGACAAACCCUAGUAAUAAAUCCUUGGACAAACAAUAUAAGUUGAAUGUAUCGACUGAGCUACCUCGAUAGAAAAGUUACGAUGUCAUAAAUAUUCAUUAGAUGUUAUGUAUCAAGGUAAAUGUGUAAGAUUAGAAAGAAUAUACAAGAGAGACAAAGAGAGGUAGUUCGUAGGAGGUUGUGGAGGAUGUCGAGAAAUGAAGGCCAACGGCCUUGACCUUGUCCGUGACUUCGUCAUGAAUGAGAGAGAAAGAGACGGAGAGAUAUAAGAAAAGACACCGUUCAAAACAAAGUGGCCUGCUUUCUUCAAAAUCGAAGAUGCUGUAUAUGGUUGACAAGCAAGCAGGCAAGCAGGUAGACAGACAAUCAGGCAGGCAAGCAAAUUCAGGUAAACGGCCAGUCGAUGGUAAUGACUACAUAAAUCUCCAGGUCUUAACGCCUUGUAAGUGCUCUGUGGAAUUUGGAUUUAGAGGUAAAAGAAUUAUGUAGUUACCGAUUUAUCGGUCCUCGGUUUCGUUUGGACAACGAAGAGUGCAAUUAAUUAAGAUCCAUACCAUUAUGCGAGACGAAGGGUCGACGCGUCAUGUGUGCUAAUAGUGAAACUAGUGUAAGUACCUACAUGAAUACAUAUUCUAAUCUAUGGGUUAUAUAUCUUAAGAAAAUGUAAAAUUUAUUGUUCGGCAACGAAUUAUUUAUAUACCGUUUCUUAUAUAACUAAAAUGAUUCGUAUAUGAUUUAUGGCUUUAAACGAUUCAUAAUUUAUAUAAACGUAUAAUAUUAUAUUUAUUUCUUACUAAGAAUGACGUAGUUUUAUGUUCGGAACACUUGACAAUGGAUUUCGAAGACACGUUAUAUGCAUGCCUUUGGCACGGUUUGUAUUUAUUAGAGAAAUCACAAAAUGAUUGGUAAGUAGUACAUUUUUAAGUAGUUAUAUCAAAGUGACUUAUUACUCGUGCAAGUUGUACUGAUACGAAUGGAAAGAUUCUUGCAGUUUUUUCAAGGCUCUCGCGAAGUAAAAACGUAUGUUCGGACAUCUGUUCGACGUAUAUAAAGACAAUAUUGUCAUUAUCGAAAGUAACGUUUUGAUAAUACAUGCUUUCUUGCCAUUGUAGAUCUGCAUGAUAAGUUUAGUAACAACAUAAUUGCUACACAAAUCCGGUUUACAGAUACUUUCUUCGUUACGAUGUAUUUUAGAAAUUGCACACGAUCGUAUAAUCAUAACCUAUCAAUUCAAUUUAUAUCGCUACGUAGUUGUGUAGGUGACGAAAUAGGAUAUAUGUACAAGACCGAUCGAAUCGAGUUUUCCAAUUGCUACGCCACUGAUCGAGAAUCUAGGAUUGGAAAUGUAGAGGGCAUCUGUGAGUAGUACGGAGCUAUGGCCAACAGGCGGUAACCAGAAAGAGAAUUUCGCUCCAACAUCAUAAUAGAACGAAAUAGUGAAGAGUGCAAGUGAAAGAUCGAUUGAAACUUCCAUACGCGUUGCUUUCCCGAUUGAUCCACAUCGAACGUUACCGUGGCGUUUGUCUAGGCAGCAUCUCGAUGAAUGAGAAAUGUCGAUGACCGCAAAGGAAAUUACCGCGAUUUGCUGUUGAAAAGGGGGGAAAAAAGCUAGGGGAAAAUCUCGUCUCCUGACCUCGAGGGAGUAGGAGAAGUGAGUGAGGUCGUUCCACGAUCGAUAACGCGAGUCUCUCGCGGAAAGGUGCGAAAGAAGCUCGUCGGGCAUCAACGAAAGGGCCGAAAGAAUCGAUCUCUCAUCCUAUGAAAAGAAAGAGAGAGAUCUUAAUAUCUACCGGUUUUUCUCCUUUAGUAAAUGGUCGGUGAACAAGAAGAGAAGAGUCGGUCGGUACUCUAUCUCAGGUAGAUUUCUACAUAAGAGGGCAUAUGGCACACAUGUUUAUUGCCGUAUCGCGAAGGGUCGCGUAUACGGGGGUGAGUAUACCACCCGCCACUGUCUGUCGUCCGUUUUCUCUCUCUUCUUUUUUCAUUCUCUUCCCUUGUAUCGUGCUUCGUUAUCGCUCUUCGUCUUUCGCGGGGCGCUGUUGCUAGCGGUCUCCGUCGAGCUUUCGCCACUCGUUCAUUCGCAUGCUUGCCAACUGCGCCACGCUGAAACUCAUCAAGAAAACCGCGGUGAUCAUAGCCCUCUCUCCUCUACGUCAUUCGUUUAGGCUGUAGUUUCCCUGUCUUUAUUGGACGGACGAUUGGUACAUUGGUUAUCUCUUUGUCGCGCUCAACGAACUCGUAAGAUAUCGCUCGUAUAUGUGCUGAUACGUGAAUGUGUGUUGAGUGGCGGUCGUGCAGACAGGUGCGGCCGCCGGAGCCCCACCGUUGGUGGUGGCGUGCAUAGCGCCUCCAAGCGGCGACUCUCCUUAGUUUCGGGCAAGAUGGGCGAACCUCGCCGGGCAGUAGCUUAGACUCUACCUACAAGACAACACAUACACUAAAUGUUUCCUAACCACAAGUAACAAUUAAUUGUACAUUUAUUUUAUUUAAGGGAACACAAACUCUAUUUUUGUAACAUGCUGUAUUAGUAGUGCUUCGUGGAAUUUGUACGAUAUUAAAAAGGUGCGAGGCCACACGCGCGAUAUAUAACGGACGAGAAGACGACGACGGAAAGUACGAAAAAAGAUAGAAAGAUUUUCGCGAUAACUGGAAGAUCUAAGUGCGAAAGAAGAAAAAGAAGGAAAGAAAAACAAAGAGGAGGGAUAAGGAUAAAGGAAGAAGACGGUGUGAUUGGGAAGAUAUACGAGCGAGGGAUCGAAGAUAAGGACUUAAGGAAGACAGUGACCGAAGCGACGAGGACAACGAUAAAGGGAACAAUUCCGACGAAGACGGCAACGACGUGGAUAAGAACGAUCGUACCGCAACAGCAACCACUAUUGGUUGAAAACGACACCGAAGUAGGUGAUAAUCUCGCGUAGUCUCUCCUACUCGUUGUCUUAGUUCUCGGUGUAGCCUAACUGAUUCUCUCGAUGUGGUGCGUGUUUUAAUAACGAAUUACGACGUGGAGAAAAGUGUUCGACCGAUAGUAGUAGUGAAGUGUAUAAGCCGACACACCCUCUUGACACUCGACAUCCGUCUCAUAUCGCCAUCGGUUCAGGCUCUCUACCCCCUUCUUUCCUCAUCUUUCUCGCUCUUCCUCACUCCAUCCUUUGGCUACAUUUACGUAGUACCGCGUGUACAUUCGGUCAUUGCAACAGAAAGCCGCACACACCACGUCCCUCUUUCUCUUUUUCUCUUCUGGCUCUUCCUCCCGUCUCAACCCCUCAGCUCACGUUUUCUCUUCCCUCUCUCUCUUUUUUUCUUUCCCUUUCUCUAUCCAAAUCGUCCUACCGUCUUCUUUUUCUUCUUUCUCUUCUCUUUGCUGCAAAGUGAUGUAUUGUUGCGCUUGUCGCAUCGGGUUUUGUCGGUAUUAAAACUAUACCGACUGACUUUGACUUUAUUGCUGUCCCUUCGCGUCCAUAACCAUACAUACUGUACUUCAUCCUAGGUUCUACCCCCUCCUCGACAACCCUCGUUCUACGAAGCGUCUCACCCACACUUAUAUUCAUCAUCUCUCUCUUCCUUCCUCACUCUUUUUCUGCCUCCGCUCCACCCCGGUUUAUCGGCCGAUCGGAGUGCAAAUUCGUUUCGUGACCGUGCUGUGUUGGUUCUUUGCUUGCAUCUGACCAGUGUCGAAGAGAUAUCGAAAAUCCGCGGGUGACGCUGCUUUAACGGCCGGGCAACACUAGCCUGAAAAAACCAGCAACGAACUACAAGUACGAAAUAAGAGAAGAGAGAGAAGAGACACACGCAUUACCCGUAAUAAUAGGACAACGGCACAGCGUAUCGUUUCGAGCGGGCGCCACGAGCGAUAAGACCGCUAACAUGUCCGUGAGAAUGGAAAACGUAGCCGCGCCAAGGAAGCUCAACUACAAAAUGAUGGGUACGAAUGGUCCUAGACCGGCGUAUGUGGGUGCUAAUAAUGGUAAUGCCGGUGGCGCCGGGGGUGGCGGUGGUGGUGGUGGAGGCGGCGGCGGCGGCGCUACGGGCGGUGGCAUCGGUGUUGGUCCGGCGAGCGGUGGCGGCGGUGGAGGUGGAGGUGGCGGUGGCGGCGGCGGUGGUGGAGGCGGGCAUGGAUUGAAGGGGAACACCGGCGGCGGACCACGAGGUGGGAACCCCGUGCAGUAUCGCGCGAGCAGUGCAGCGGCUUGGGGCGCAGCGCCGCCCUCUCAUGCGGCUGCGGCUGCGGCUGCGGCGGCGGCUGCCUAUCCACCGUACACGCGGUAUCCAAGCGCAGCGGCUGCAGCUGCGGCGGGCCAGAUGCCUGUCGGAGCACAGCAACUACCGCCUACGGCGAAUCCUUACGCCACCGCCACCUACGCACAGCACGCGUCGUAUGGUGGACAACGGGUACCUACAGCUUCCUCUCCAGCUAACACUAAUAGUAGUUCCAGCAGUGCUACCGGCAGUCGAAGUGGGACAAUGAGCACAAGUCUUAGCAAUAAUGCUAUACAAGGACAACAGGCAGAACAGCUAUCAAAAACAAAUUUGUAUAUUCGUGGCCUCAAUCAAAAUACAACUGACAAGGACCUCGUAAACAUGUGUUCUCAAUAUGGAACUAUUACAUCUACAAAGGCCAUUUUGGAUAAAAAUACGAAUAAGUGUAAAGGUUACGGAUUUGUAGACUUUGAGUCACCAGUGGCGGCAGAGGGUGCUGUGAAAGCACUGGUUGCCAAGGGCAUCCAAGCGCAGAUGGCGAAAGUGGGUAUCUGGUUGCUCCCUAGACUGCCCAGUGUACGUUGGUUGUGCAUGCAACAACAGGAGCAGGACCCAACUAAUCUAUAUAUUGCAAACCUGCCCCUGAGUUUCAAAGAAAAUGAUGUUGAAGGUUUGCUUGCUCAAUAUGGGCAAGUUAUUUCAACACGAAUAUUACGUGAUACAGCUGGACAAAGUAAAGGUGUUGGAUUUGCAAGAAUGGAAUCUAAAGAAAAAUGUGAACAAAUAAUUCAGAUGUUUAAUGGAAAGGCACUACAAGGUGCUAAAGAUCCGUUACUGGUAAAAUUUGCUGAUGGUGGUAAUAAGAAAAAAUCAUUAUACAAAAGUACAAUAUGGAGGGAAACUGGCGAGAAUAUAACUUUGAAUUACGAUACAAGUGGUGUUGGUCAAAACGGGGUUGCAACUACUCACAUGCUACCUGCAGCCACCUUAACACAAUAUAGUCGUCAUUAUGGUCAAGCUUUACCGGGAUACAGUGUGCCAGGAACGCCCUGGGUGACUCCUUACUUGGUGCAGACUGCCCCUCCACACAUGCAACAGGUCGACAUGAUGCCAUCAGCUGAUCCUAGUAAUCCACAAUACAGUAUGAUUCCUCAACUAACUACACAAAUGUCUACGUUACAUCUUGGCACUGGUUCCUACAUAGCAAGCCCACAUCCCUAUCCUUAUACUACUUAUCCUCCUAGCAUUAUUCAUACCAUGCCACUGGGUGAUUCUGAACAAACAAGUAAUGCAGCAUCUCCUGAUGAUUCUUACCAACAAUACCAAGCUCAGCAGCCCAAGUAGGCUAUGGUUUUUAGAUUUCCGUUUUUUUAACAUUUCAGAUACGAUUACACCGAGAGUUAUGUAAGUUAGGAGAGCCACACCUGUUGAUAAGAAGGAUUAUAUUAAUGAAGGAUAGAUAAGGCUAAAUACAAUACAUAAAGUCAGAUAAGAUUCUUCCUCAUGAUAAUUGACUUGCCAGCCAUCUUUUAUACAUUUUAUCCAUCAGAUAAAUAGGUGAAAGUAGUUAAUAUUUUCCAACGAUUAGAGAAUGAAUGUUGUCAUAAGAACGGGGUACGAGUGCUCGUGUCAUCUACAUUGUUCGGCACCAGCACGGCUCCAUACGCUGUAACGCCAACACAUCAUUACAACAGUGACAAAACUGAUAUUCUGCGACGGACAGUUUAGUGUCAAGCUGAUAGGCUUCCAGGAUUAACUUUAGGUAUUACAUUUACUAAGGAAACGAUAAGUCGAAGCUAAAGGCUUUGAGAGUGUGAAUAAAAUAUUUUAACAAAAACUGUAAACUAUAAAAGAAACGCUGCUCAGAAAUAUACAAAGGAGAAUUCUUCCCAAGAAAUAAUAAUAAUAAUAUACAGAAAAAAGCACUUCCAAAUGCUAGAAUUGAUUAAAAAAAACAUUCAGAUUUGGUUACUUGUAAUCAGUACCUACCGGACUUUCGUGCCAGCUGGCUGGCCGGUGGCUGGGCUGCGAAGAGAAGGGGUUGUGGAUCAGUAUUUCUUUUUCACAGAAGAUACUGAAGAAAAGAGCUCUUCCUUAACAGCGCACACCACCCCAUCCACUAACUGCACUCUCAUCAUAUUAUUUCUUUUUGUUUUCUUCUGUUUCGUUCAGACAUUCCAAGCCAGGCACAUAUAUUGUAUGUAUGUAUUGCCACGCGGAGAUUUUUAUCUACUUUUACAAGUACAGUUCGCGUUCUCUUUUUAAUCACGGACGAAUAUAUUUUAUGGACGAAAAAGAAGUGAAGAUUUUAAGAGAGAGAGAGAGAGCGAGCGAGCGAGAGAGAGAGAGAGAGAGAGAGAAAAAGAUGAAGCUUUAUUUCUAAAGGAAAAAAAAACUUCAGGAUAUAUGUAAUUAUUGUAACAAGAAGGAAAGGAACAUAGUACUUUUUAGAAGAUUUAUAUUUAUGAGUACAGUUACUACGAAUUGAUAUCAGUUUUAAUUGUACAGUGAAUACAGAUAUUUUUUUUAGAAUUGUGCCUUUUCAGACAAAUCCGCUAGACUGGGAUAUGCUGAAAAAUAUUAUAAUAUAUUUUUACGUCGGUAUGUAAAUGCGAAACUUGAGCCAAAUUUUGAUCUUCUAGUUAAGAGAAUAUAAUUGUUUUUGCGUUGUAGCCAGUUAAAUAUCACUACGUUUGUUUUUUGGUUAUGAAUUCGAAUAGAUUUUGUAUGUGUAUAGUUGCCACUAACGGGAUUGACGGACCGAAAACAUCUGUACGGUUCGUACGGAGUCUAGGAACAAAAGAAAAAUGAUAUGAAAUCAAAUGGCGGAUCAUUGUUAACUGAGACUAAUCCAUACCGCCCCAAAAGAAAAUGAGAGAGAGACAGAAUAGGCUUGUUACAACGGAAUACGAUAGAUAGAGUGUAAAUUAAUUUAUUAUAUCGAACAAACGAAUAAAAUCGCGUUGCAAAUGAAAACGAAAAAGAUAAUGGGACUGGAGUAGAACGAUAGGCGAGAGGAUCGAACGCGAGGAAACAAAAAGAAACGUAAAAUACAGAAUAUAAGUUGAAAAUUUUCUAUCUACGUGGUAUCGAGAGAGAGAGAGAGAGAGAGAGAGAGAGAGAGUGAGAGUGAGAGAAAACGGAGAAGCAAAAGGUUUAAUGAUAAAAAAAAGAAAAAACACCCUCCUCUCCUGCGUUCCUCUAAGCCCGUUUUUACAUCUGGCACAGUUUUCACGUUGUCUGACUUAGGUCGAGUCGAGGAACGAUUAGCAGAAAGCUUUCUACCAAAUAUUACGAGCUCCGGGCUCGAAGUGGCAGGCAGGUAGUUAGAUAGAGUUAGAGGCGAUCGUAGCUAUUAUUAUAAUAUUACAAUAAUAUGCUGUAUUAUUAUAAUUAAUGAUUACUAUUAUUGACGUCAUCUAAAGUAUGAAAGAUUUUUACACUGUUGAGACUUGAAGUAAAUAAUAUAUUUAGUUUAUUUUGGUACAUCACGAUUUGAUGACAAGAGAUAAAAGAUGAAAAAAGUGGUAUGAACUAUUUUUUAAGAGACCGAUUAUUACUCGAUUUGAGUCCAUGCAUUAAGGGAGACUAACAAAAAAGAAUAAGAGAGCGAGAGAAAGAAAGAAAGAAAGA